UUUGUUGACAAAACAGCGCGACGACCGAGAAGUGACAAUUCUCAUCAGCUUCAUCUUCACUUUCUCUGCUUCAUUGCAUUUGUCCUUCUAGCUUUGCUACAUCGCUCUCUUUUUCAUUCCAAUAUGGCUCCCGUUCAGCUCACUAGCUGUAACACGUCCAUCCGUGUUGUAGUCCGAGUGCGUCCGCUGAAUGCCCGCGAACGCGCCAGGAACGCGCGGUGUCUCAUCAAGAUGCAUCCCUCUACACAAGCGACAACCAUCUAUCCACCCACAGACGAUCAAGAUCCAGCCAACGCGCGCGCAUUACGACGUAAGCUCGAGGAGCAAAAGACAUUUACGUUUGAUCACUCGCUCUGGUCGGUGGAUGAGGCAGAUCCACAUUUUGCUCCACAAGCGGCACUACAUGAUCGCCUUGGUCGAGAAUUUGUACAGCAUGCAUUGGAGGGAUACAAUUGCUGCAUUUUGGCAUAUGGUCAGACGGGUUCUGGCAAGACACAUUCGAUGGCUGGCACGCAAAGCGAUCCUGGACUCGUCCCGCGUAUUUGUAAUGAAAUCUUUGAUAAAAUCAGCCAACGACAAUCAGCAGAGGGUUCCCACGCCACCUUUCAAGUCUCUGUGAACUACUAUGAGAUAUACAACGAAACUGCAACAGAUUUGUUGUUGGCGCGAGAUUUGCGAAGUGGCAGUCAACCACGGAAAGCGCUCCGUGUUCGCGAAUCCCCAGAAACAGGUCCAUACCUCGAAGGUCUCUCUGAGUUUCACGUGUCCAAUUACAGCGAUGUGGAUGCCUUUAUGCAACUCGGCAACAGUGUACGACGGACGGCGAGUACAAAGAUGAAUGACACCAGUUCUCGCUCACACGCCGUCUUCACAUUGACAAUUCAGCAAACGGUCACGGAUGGACCCAAUGCAGAUGUGGUCGGCAAAACAUCUCGCUUUAGGCUUGUUGAUCUGGCGGGAUCUGAACGUGCCACAGCGACUGGUGCGACAGGUGAACGACUGCGUGAAGGUGCUAAUAUCAACAAGUCCCUAACGACCCUCGGCAGAGUCAUUUCACGACUCGCCGAAUUGCCUUCUGCGCGACCCACCACAGCGCCUGUAGGACAUGUCUCUGCGCCUCCAGUUGUUCCCUAUCGAGACUCAAUCUUGACGUGGUUACUGAGUGAUUCACUUGGCGGCAACAGCAAAACUGCCAUGAUUGCUUGUAUAUCCCCUGCAGACUAUGAAGAAACGCUCACAACACUUCGCUAUGCGGAUGCCGUCAAGAAGAUUAGUCUCCAUGCUAAAGUCAACGAAAAGCAUGAACGUGCAGGCGAUGCAGCAGCUGCUGCAGCAACACAAGCGAAAAUGUCACAAGAGUUGAAGGAGAUGCAAAGUCAACUUGCUCUUUCGCAGCGCGAGAAGCAGGAAUUACAACGAUUCGAAGCACAAGCGAAAGCACUCGAGCGUAUGAUUGCUCGCAUGUCACAAGCUGCUGAAGAUAAGAUUGCACGAUUGGAGCGGGAGAAUGAGGCAUUGCGUUGUCAUUUGAGGUUGGCUGUUGAGACGAUCCGUCAUCCAUUGCCAGAUGAUUUCGGGUGUGUGUCGGAUGAUGACUUUGAGACGCUCGAUCAGUCUGAGGCCACUGGACCCGUCCGGGAUAUGGAGGCUCGGCUUGCACAGCUUGAUGUGUUGGACCAGGAGCUGUUGGCGCUGACGGGAGAGGCGGAUACAUUUGCCGCAUCGAUUCAAGAUCAAUUGAUGCAUUUCCCUGCGCCAGGACCUUUGCGACCGAUGGCGAGCUGUUAAAGAUUGUACAGUGCCCGAUACAUGUAACCCCUAAACAUGAUGCAUUCAUUGAAAUUGGCUAAAAGCAGUACGGC